CUGUUAUUCCGCGCAAUCGCCCGUCGGUUGAAACUGUUGCGGUUAGUACUUGUCGUUGUGAUUCGAGAACUAUGUUCGAGAUGACUUACUGCUGCGCAUUUCGCUUCGGGUCAACUCUGUCCUCGACAUCCCCUCCAGCAAUGCGAUAAUGAAGGAGAAGAGAGUAACAAUUCCGCAAUGGUUGACGCUUGGCGCCUCGUUCGGUGUGGCAGCUACACUCACGCUAAAAGCGAGAUUGUUUUAGACUGCGAGAACGUCGUGAUUGGUCGCAAUGUUGAGCCCAAGUAUCGCCUCGACAGCGUCAACAUCAGUCGUCAGCACGCUUGCUUGAGGUACAGUAGACACGGACAGUGGGAAAUCACCGAUCUUCGCAGUCACAACGGCGUGUUUGUCAACGGUAGAAAAAUACAAGCGUCUCACCGCUUUGCGCUUCACGAAGGCGAUAUCAUUGGUUUCGGGAAGCCUACGCCGACUGGUGAUGAUGUGUUCGUGUUCGCGUUGGAGAAGAAAUCUGCGAGUGUCGUGGUCAAGAGCGAAUCGCCCGAUUCACCGCGGGCUGCGUCUCCUGGUUUGGACGCCGUCGUAUUGAGCGACGAUGACGAUAUUGUCGUCACGAAAGUGGUCAUUGCGAAUAGACGGCCGACUGUAUCAACAAGUUCGGAGUGUGCACUUGUCGCGAGCACUCCGUUGACGACGACCCUUCCUGCUGCUCCGCCUCAUGUCACGACCAAAAAGGAACCAGUUGAUGAGGAUGACAGCCUUGGUUACGGCGUUUCAGAGGCUCUCACAAGCCAGACUGUUGGUGCCGCCCACAUCGACGUUGCAGCAACGGCCGACACGACGCGCUUCAAGAGCAGUCCCCGUCAUCAAGUUACAGGGACCACAUUCACGACUUCUUCCAAAACUGUGCCGUGUGAAGCUGCGGGGAGGGUAAAAAUUGAACGGGACUGUGACUCCACUGACUCUCGAUCGUCCUGUAGCCGUGACACGCAGCAUAGCAGGCUAUCAGUGCCAGUGGUCUUGACUGCUGCUACCAACAACUCACCUACAGCAACCGCGCCAGCACUUGCUCCUCAUGCUCCUCGUACUUACAUUAAACAGGAGGUACCCGAACACGCAGCUGGCAUUGGAAGUAUUCCUGUGUGUGAACCUGGAGAUGUGUCAAGGUUUAUCAAGCAAGAUCCAGACGACUUGGACAGGGAGAAAGCCCGGAAUGUGCAGAGAAUGGUGGUGACAAGUGCUCACCAAAGUGAGUUUCGCAGUGAUGUAUUCCGACACAACAUUGUCAGGAGUGUAUCCAAGAGGACAGAACUAGCAAGCACUGUGUCAAGAGAAGAUGAAGCAAACUCUUCUUGUCACAGUUCACCUUCCUCUUGCCGCUCCGAACAUAGAUCAGAACAUCAUGUUUUACACCAGAGUAAUCCUGAUGUACAUGCCAAGAGAAAUGAAAACACUUCUGUGCAUUCGUUAGCACCAAGAACAGAUUUCAGCAGCAUUACUGUGAAAGAGGAACCUAGUGAAUUUGACACGAGUAGCAACAUGAUGCAAAGCACAGUUGAGAGCCACAUGCUGAUGAAUGGGUCUAUUCCUUCUAGAAGUAUUGAAAAAGCUGCGCAAAGUGGCUUUACAUCGGGUUCCCUCAAUGCCAGUGAUACCGAGCAGAGCAGUAUGUUUCAACAUGAAAACAAGAAGAAUGAAAGGUGCUCUAACUCAAAGUAUGUGCCAUGUGAGGAAAGGUCACAUUCUCCCAAAGUCAGCAGUUUGCCAAACACUCCGAAAUUGGAUUUGUCCCUGUUGGUUAAGCCGUGCAGAAUCGUUCUUGAGAAACUUGAAGGCAACAUUCUUACUCGGCAGCAACCAGUUGCUCUUUUAAGUGGUCAGCAUCUUGUCAAAAGUAGUUUGGACACAGAACUUGACCACAGUAAUGUUGAAGCAGAACUUUCUCAUGGCAGUGUAAACACUACUAAUGAAGGCAGCCCUUGCGAUAUGUCAUUUUCUCAGGAUGAUGUUAUAAUCAUUCUCUCUGAUUCAGAUGAUGAUUGUAAUCUAGAAAUCAAUCUUGAGAUCAAGAAAGAAGCCGAGGAAGCAGAAGAGAUAAUUAGCAAUGACGCGGAUGUUGAGGCUGGCAUUCCAUGGAUAAAUGGUUGCUUGAAUGACAUUACUGAAGAGGGGAAAGCUGUAUGUUCAGUAACGGAAGAUGAGAAUCUUGAGAAGAGACUAGUUUGGAAUGAAUCAGAGCCUGAGCAAGCUACAAGUGAUAAGGAGCAACCAGAAAACGAUUUCUUUCCCGUUUUGUCACAAGGCUUCUCUCAGGAGGAGGUGGCUCCAGCAGAGAUUAAGGGAAGAGGCAGUGCUGCACGUGAAAUUUAUUCAUCAUCGUUCAAUCGCUUUGCUCGUUUGGGAGGCAGAGCGAACAGAAGCCCCAAGAAAAAAUCAAGCUUGAAAGAGAAGGUUAUGAAGUCUAUGAAUCAUAGGAUACCAAUGGCAGGUGGUGGGUCAGCAGUCCAGAAGAAAGAUGGUGAAAUGCUGCCAAAGUCCAGUUCUCUUGCCGAGUGUGAAGAUAGUUCAAAGAAGUCCCACUACAAGGGUAGGUUCCAGUCCCGCUGGGCUCGUCUGCUAAGUACAGAAGAACCAUCUAAGCCUGCUGUAAGUGCAUCAAAAAGACAGCAAGGAAGAAUGGUUAAACUUCUUAAUGACAUACAAACAGCCCCAAACAAAGUAAAAGCUACCACGUCACUUGGCAGUCCCACUAAAAGAGCCAGGCUAUUGAACCAGUCUCGUGGUAUUAUGCGGCAUCCAGCGAAAGAGCAAGCUUCAAACUCAUUUGAUGUGUCCGCCGAAGCGGUGAAGCAAUCAAACCAACAUCCAUUUGUUGCUCAGCCGCUUCAGGACAAAGCUCUUGAGGCAAGCUCUGUCUCCAUUGAAAGGACAAACCAGUGGUGUCCAUCUUCGAAUGCUACGGACAUACUUCCUCAGCCGAAAAAUGCCCCAAUGUCAGAUUCUGUUCGUGCUGAAACUGAAAAUCGAUUGAAACCUUCUCUGGAAGAACAUGGAUCUGUUCCUCAGGUGGACACUUCUACUAGAGCAGAGUCAUCAGUACAGCAAGAAGUGGGCUUUUCCGUGCCAAAGUUUAAGCAAGCUGUUCGAAUUUCAAGGGUGGCAAAGGGCUCGCCAGUGUAUGCUGCCACUGCGAGUGACUUCCCUAUAAUACACAAAUGCCUGGAGUUGUACCAAAGUUUUCUGUGCCCAUGAACACUUCCGCACCCAUGGACACUUACGUGCCCAUGGAUACUUCUUUGCCCAUGGGCCAGUUUCCUGAACAUAUGGACAUAGAUGAACCUGAAAGGAGGUCACGUGUGCACUUUCACAUAGAAGAACCAAGUAGCAGAACUGAUGAGCAGAGAGCUGAAUUUGCACAACGUGUUAGGGCAUCACUGAAGAAGAGAAAGGUAGAACAGAGCCAGAGGAAUAAGAUAAACUUGGGAGUCUUCAUUUCUAACAUCCUUAACUGGAAAGUUCAGUGGCUAAAAGAGCAGCUGCAGUCAUCAGUGCUUCCACCUCUGCUGGACAUGGACAAGUUUCGAGCCAAACGCUUGAUGUACAGUAGCGUUGAGGAAUACAAGCUAGUGAACUAU